UGUUACCCAAUAUUGUUGAUUAAUACUGAUUGGCUACUAGGACGUGCAGGUUUUAGCCGCAGAAUCGAGCGGCAGUAGCAGCAGCGCGCCACCUGGUUCGACUCGUCGGGUCGGCGAGAUCUGAGCUUUUUCUCGGUUAUCUAUGCAUACAGAAGACCCCCACCCCACCAUUUCCAUGACUUCAUCCGGGUCAAGUGGCUUAUUUUACCCCUCCAUCGGGUUGGUGCGUCGCCGAAGGAUCCUGCCUCCGUGUGUACGUGUGUGUGCGUUUCGGUUCGUGUGCUUUUGGUUCGUAGGCUUCGUGAUCAUGUCCCAUGCUACCCAAUAGCUACCCAAUACUGAUCCGAAGAUUCUGUUGCUGCGGUUC